CCUUUUCUCAAUGCACAUAACUGUUUAGAUUGCAUAAAUUAUUGCUCUGUCUGAAAAUUUUCAGAUGACUUUCCCUGUUUUUGCCAUUAGAAUUAGAAUUUCUACAAUUUGCCACUCAGCCAUGGAUAUAACCAUUUUAGUACAAAUAAUACCACUGUGUUGUGAUGGAGUGGUAAAUAUUCCUUCAUUGUCGGUUUUGAGUCCCCCUGUAUAUGCACUUACCUUUGUUAGGUAUUGUUUUUAACCUCAAUGUGGGACUUUUUGGUGUGAAUAUAGAUUUAGUCGGACUCUAAUGCAGGUACUGAACAUCUUUUGGGGAAACCCAAAAGAAAAAAAUAGCACAUUUAACUAGUAGUGUCUGUGAAGCUAAUCAACAAACACAUGGAUAGUGAAAAUUGAAAGUGUUUCUUCUAGGGAUGAAGUGUUUCCAGUUCUCUAAUUCAGAUAAGAAUGAUGAUCAUAACAAGACUAGAAAGUCAACAUCAGGCCAGUCAUCUGCCUCUGUUUUCACAGAUCCUGACCUGAAAGGAUCUGAAUACAACUCACAAAAUGUGUCAUCGGACAUUAGCACUGAGUCCUCUUCGAGGCUCUCGUUUUCGUGCUUGUCUAAUAAAAAGCCUUGUCACCUUAAGGUUUUCACAGUUGAAGAGUUGAAGAGCGCCACCAAGAACUUUAGUCGAUCCCUCAUGCUAGGAGAAGGCGGUUUUGGAGGUGUAUACAAGGGCGUUUUAAAGGACACAAAUAUUGCUGUUAAACAACUCAGCCAAAGAGGCUUGCAGGGGCAUAAGGAAUGGGUGACGGAAGUGAACGUCCUUGGUGUCGUUGAGCAUCCGAAUCUUGUCAAAUUAAUAGGCUAUUGUGCACAGGAUGAUGAAAGAGGAAUACAACGUUUACUGGUAUAUGAGUUUUUGCCCAACAGAAGUGUACAAGAUCAUUUAAUAAGUCGUUUUAUGUCACCUUUGCCAUGGGAAACAAGGUUAAAUAUCGCUCGUGAUGCUGCUCGAGGCUUGGCUUACCUACACGAGGGAAUGGAGUUUCAGAUUAUCUUUAGAGAUUUCAAAUCGUCUAACAUUCUCUUGGAUGAGAAAUGGAAUGCAAAGUUGUCUGAUUUUGGCUUGGCCAGAUUAGGACCUUCUGACGGAUUAAGCCAUGUCUCAACAGCGGUGGUGGGAACUGUUGGAUAUGCUGCUCCAGAAUAUAUACAAACUGGGCGCCUAACGUCCAAGAGUGAUGUAUGGAGCUAUGGGGUGUUUCUAUAUGAACUCAUCACAGGCAGGCGUCCGUUGGACAGAAAUAAACCUAAAAAUGAGCAGAAACUUCUUGAAUGGGUAAGACCACAUCUUUCUGACCUGAAGAAGUUUGAACAAAUAUUGGAUCCUCGAUUGGAUGGAAACUAUUCCAUUAAAUCUGCUCAGAAGUUAGCUGCUAUAGCUAAUAGGUGUUUAGUUAAACACCCGAGAAAUCGUCCAAAAAUGAGCGAGGUCUUGGAGAUGGUAAAUCAGGUUGUGGAGGCAACUGAAGGAGCUAAAUGUCCACGAACCCCUGUAGACGAAAGUUCAACGCCAAACGUCGACGAUGACAUGUUUAUGAUAAGGUGUCUCAAUGCAAGUAGAAGGUUGGUAGAACACACACCAAGAGAAAACAAGUUGUUGGUUUGGAAAUUGUGGAAGCCUAAGCUUGUCAGUUCAAAUUGAGCAGCAGAAAUGAAACUAAAGUUACUCUAGCUACUUUUGGUUUUCUUGUGCAAAACAAUCACUUGAAUUGUAAAAUUAUUUUACUUUGGAUGUUUGAGUCAAGUGGUCAAAGAUGCCAACUAAACUAAAAUAGCAAAUUUCAUAUUUCUUUUAGAAAUUUUGAUAAAUAAAGCACACAAUAUUUUUCCAUUCAAA